CUGGGGCGCACCCGGGCAGCGCCGGGCAGAGGCGCGAUGGGCUCCGUGCUGAGCAGCGACAGCGGCAAAGCCGCGCCCGCCGCCGCCGCCCCGCGGGCCCUGGAGCGCAGGGGGGGCCCCGAGCUGCCCGUCACCUCCUUCGACUGCGCCGUGUGCCUCGAGGUGCUGCACCAGCCCGUCCGGACCCGCUGUGGCCACGUGUUCUGCCGUUCCUGUAUUGCUACAAGUCUAAAGAACAGUAAGUGGACCUGUCCUUACUGCCGAGCCUAUCUUCCUUCAGAAGGAGUUCCAGCAACUGAUGUAGCCAAAAGAAUGAAAUCCGAGUACCAGCACUGCACCGAGUGUGACAUGCUGGUUUGUCUCAGCGAAAUGAGAGCACACAUAAGAACUUGUCAGAAGUACAUAGACAAAUAUGGACCAUUGCAAGAACUUGAGGAGACAUCAACAAGGUGUGUCUGUCCAUUUUGUCAGAAGGAACUUGAUGAAGACAACUUGCUAGAUCACUGUAUUACUCAUCACAGAUCAGAAAGAAGACCUGUGUUCUGUCCUCUUUGCCGUUUAAUACCAAAUGAAAAUUCAAGCAGCUUCAGUGGCAGUUUGAUAAGACAUUUGCAAGUUAAUCACACUUUGUUUUAUGAUGAUUUCAUAGAUUUUAAUAUAAUUGAGGAAGCUCUUAUUCGAAGAGUUUUAGAUCGAUCACUUCUGGAAUAUGUGAAUCAUUCGAAUACCACAUAAUUGUAUUAAAAGGAAAAGAAAAGAAAACGUAUCAUUUUGCACCAUAUGUCACUUGCACAAAUGAAGGGAAAUUGUUGCUGUUGAUGGACCAAAGUGGACGACACAGAUGUAUUAUUUUCCUUGUUUAUUUGUUAUACUGCAUUUAAAAACUGCUUUACUUUUUUGG